UGCUUAGCAAUACGAGGCGCCCACCUGCCGUCCAGCCGGAUCUGAAGCUAGCUACGUUGCUGCUGCUGCUGGAUGUGAUCGGUCCACAUCGCCGAAGAGCAAACAAACUCCAUUGAUAUCAUUCGAUCUUCCUCCAGCAAGAUUUAAGAUCAUCGUAUCAGUUAAGCCUGGGUUGGGGAGAUGGACAGCACGUGCUUUAGGCUCCAUCAGCUUGAAGCCAUUACAAACAACUUCUCAGAGGAUCGAAAAGUAGGCAGCGGCUAUAAUGCAGAUGUUUACAAGGCGGUGCAUGAUGGGGAAGAUAUUGCCGUGAAGAGGCUUCAUCCUUUGCAUGGACUUGAUGAUAAGGAUUUUCACAAUGAACUCCGUAACCUUAACAAGGCUCGUCACAAAAAUAUCAUACGGUUAAUUGGCUACUGCCAUGAUACACACAUGGAAUGCGUGGAAUACGAAGGGGAACUGGUCCUAGCGAGCAUAGUGAAGAAACUUCUCUGCUUCGAGUAUAUGCAGGGGGGAAGCCUCGAUAAGCAUAUCGGAGAUGAAUCUUGCGUACUUGAUUGGCCCACAUGUUAUAAAAUCAUUCAAGGGACCUGUGAGGGCUUAAAUCACCUUCACAACGCACAUGAAAAACCAAUUUUCCAUCUGAACUUAAAGCCUUCUCAUAUAUUGCUGGAUAAGGACAUGACCCCCAAAAUUACAUAUUUUGGUUUGGCGACAUGGGGCGCUUCAACAGAAGAAGAGUAUCAAACAGAGGUGAUAAGAGGAACAUCCGGGUACAUGCCACCAGAAUUCAUAGACAACUUGAUAGUAUCAAACAAGUUUGACAUGUUCAGUUUGGGUAUCAUUAUGUUAAAAAUGAUGGCCGGAAAUAAGGACUACCACCCUGCUGAUCUUGGAUUGUCUCACAUACAAUUUAUCGAGCUGGUACGCCGAAACUGGAAGAGAAGGUUGCAGGGAACGUUGGAGCAUCCAUCACACGACAUAGAUAUUCUACGAGUGUGUACAUGUCUUGAGAUAGCAGUAAGAUGUGUGAACGUCGACCGAGAAAAGAGACCCUGCAUAGAGGAUAUUGUCUGUGAGCUGGAGGAGCUAGAAGCUAAAAUUAAGAGAAAAAUAUCACUACCUCCUAAAGAGUCAAAAGACUUAAUUCUGCAGGUGGGAUCCAAUCCACACCAUCUUUCGUUACAACAUUUGAAAGAGAUCACAGACAAUUUCUGUGAUGGCCGAAUACUUGGUCAUGGUGGUUUUGGCGUGGUAUAUAAGGGAGUGCAACAAAGUGGGAAAAUUGUUGCAGUGAAGAAGCUUGUGCAGUCCACACUGAAGUCACAGACGCAAUUUGAGAAUGAGGGGGGUCUUCUUAUGGCACUGAAGCACCCAAAUAUAGUGCUACUAGUGGGCUACUGCUAUGAAACGGAAAUUUCACUUAUGCAAUAUGAAGGAAAAUUCGUUUCAGCUGAAAAGACUGAACGUUUUCUUUGCUUGGAAUAUAUGCCUCGUGGAAGCCUUCACGAUUACAUUUCAGAUGCAGAUGAAUCUUCUGGACUUGAUUGGCCCAAACGCUGCAAAAUAAUUGAGGGCAUUUCGUUUGGUCUACAGUACCUUCACGAGAAAUCAGUUAUUCACUUGGACUUGAAACCCGCCAACAUAUUGCUUGAUAAAAAUUUUGUACCAAAAAUUACAGACUUCGGCCAGUCAAGAUUGUUUGAUCGAAAUCAAACUAUUCGCACCGCAGCUGCUACUGGAACAUUAGGUUACAUGGCAGAAGAGUACCGGGAACGAGGUAUAAUCACACCUAUGGCAGACAUAUUCAGUUUGGGUGUAAUGAUUAUGGAGGUAAUAACGGGGCAUAGGAAUUACCCAUACCCAGAUGAGAUCAGAACGUCUUCCCAGGACUUCAUCAAGCGAGAAGUUCAAAAAUGGAGAAAUAAGCUGCAAGAAGAACCAGGAUAUACAUCGCUUGAAGCAGACAUCCAAAAAAUAGAACGAUGCAUUCAAAUCGGUCUAAUUUGCGUGAAUCGUGAGCCGACAAGACGGCCUACGAUGAAGAGAGUUAUUGAUAUGUUUCACGGGUUGGAAAGUAUGAAAUGGUACAUUCGCAACGAGCUAUCAAUCCACGACGUCCAAGAGGAGCCAUAGAUUACAAUCAAAAGAGGCUGUCACAAACUCAGAACAAUAUUCAUUGCUUCUAUCUUCCUGGGCUUUGGAUCUCCAUACAUACUUUCUCCUCGCAAGUAGCAUUUAUGUUCCACGACCACUACAGCAAACAUUCAACUUGUUUGGUUUCCUGUUCAAGUUGUAGCCAGUGUAUGUCACAUAUCUCAAAGCGUGUUCUCCGCUCAAAGAGAAAUAUUCAGUACUAGGGACAUGGUUUCGAAAUCAAUGUCCCUGGGAGUUUGUAUAAGUUUAUCGGCAAACCUUAACUGCAGUACUGGUAGUAGGAACCAAAAAUUAUGUAGACAAGGGUACACACUGGGAGGUAUUUAUUUGACUGCUAUUUGUGGCUCCUGCUGUUGCACACAACAGAGGUUAGAUGAAGGGCUGGUGUUGUACUUUUUUCAGAUUUGCAAAUUGUUUCAGA